GCAUGUUCACCGAGAAAUCAAUUCAAUCGUCAGUGACCAAAAACUUAUAUAAUUGUUUAUACAUAUGUACAUAUGAACAUAUAAUUGAAGUGAAAGUUCAGUGCUCAAAAGGGAGUAACUGCAUCGUUAUCAGAGUCCGCCAAACUCGAUUACCUAACCACACACAGAAAUCGCAGUGUGCCAGUCAGCUGCUGUCAGAGCAGCCGAAGCAGCGUCGUUUGACGUUUCUUUUUCACGUUCUCACUCACGCUAAGACUCUCACGCUGGCGACUGCGGGUGACAAGGGCUCCUUCUCUUAUUCGACAAUGCUCAAGUUUCUGUGGGAUAAGUUAACUUUUGGCGCCGGGGUUUAUACUGGUAUCUAUGUCUCACAGAACUAUGAGGUCCCCCGAGUGGAUGAUCCCCAGAAACUGAUCCAGCGUUUCAACGAGAAACUCAAGGAACUAGUGGAUCAAACCAAGAACAAAUCGGCCGGCGAGAAACUAGUGGAUGACAUAAAAAAGGAGGCCAAGAAGAUUUUAGACGACUGACUGGCGAAAUAAGACCACAUUUGAAGUUUAAACAAAUUUAUCUAUGAUCAAAUAAAGAGAAGUUAAACGUGUAA